GUCCGCGCCCGCGUCCCUCCCCCGGGGCCCCGCGACCCCGCUGUGCCGCCCGGGCCGGGGGUGGCGGCCGGGCAGGAGCGGGGCCCGGGCGCCUCCUUCUCUCGUGCCCCCCGGCCUGGAGACCCCCAGGACCAGGACCAGGACCGGGCCCGUGCGGGGGGACGGGGCUGCGGGUCGGGGGAGGGGGCCGCCGUGCUGCUGGGUGGAAGUACACAGGCAGUUUUUAUUGUGCAAGCGGAUAGUUCACGUAACAAGCACACAGGUUACUUACCUUUGGGUACCUUUUAUACAUAUAUUCGCAAGUGUACCGCUCAGUGAUUGGUUACAAACCACUGACAUAAGACGUUCCCUACUGAGCAUGUCUCUAUACCUAUGUUUUAGCCGUGUGUCUCAUUUACAUACAUGUGUGUUUCAUUAACAUACUUUGCUCUGCCCAGGAGUGUCAUUUUUAGCAUUAUAAUGAGACCUUUUUCUGAACUUCUUGCUAUCUUGCAGGUGUCAGGGAGACAUUAUCCUGCUGGUGUCAGGGAGGCGUUCCAGGACUCCCCCGCAUCCCACGCUGUGCUCUCAAAUCUUAAUCUCCCCCAGUACAAUCUUAUCUUGUAGAACCUCGCAUCGGGGUCCCUACAGCCGGGGCCGAGGGGUCUUCGGGCCCCCUGCGCUCAGGUCAGGGGGUCUUGGGUCCUUGAUGCUGCCCGCUCCGGUUGGGUCUCGGGGUCCCCCCACGUGCAGUUCUGGGGGUCUCAGGGUCCCCCAAGCUGCCACCUGUUUUGGGGUUUCGGGGUCCCUUGGCUCCUGGCUCUGGGGAGGGCCCCCCAAGGCCCUGCACCCCCCCUCCCCCCCAGACCUGUCAGCAUCUGGGAUCCUGGAGGACCGCCCCCCCCCCCCUCCGGCCAGCAGAGCCGGCAGAAGCACACGCGUGGGUCUCCGGGCUCUGCGGGCAAGACACUUUGGAGGAGACCCGUGCGGUGCCCAGAAGCACUGGUAGCAACACCUCCACGAGCACCACGCGCCCCCGCCCCAUGGAGAGGUGGUGCAUGUGCCACAGGUUCAACCUCUGCUUCCCCUCGGCCUCCUUCUCCCGGGCUCUUCUUCCGCUCAGCUCUGCGUCAACCUCCAGCCCAAGGACCUUGACCCCCUCGCAGGGGACCGAGCCCCCCGGGGACUCCAGGCCCCCGAGCUCGCCCGUGGCCAGGCAGGUGCUUUUGCUCACAUUGAGCUUGGCCCCUGCUGCCGCUUCGUAGACGUGUGUGUGCCACAGGGAUCUUCCUACUGAACACUUAUUCUGGCACAGGACGUUCAAGUCAUCCAUGUAGGCCGGGACCCUGGUCUCUUCCUUGCCUCCUCCAGGGAUCUGGACGCCGCGCAAGAGGAACCAGUCCAACGCCAGGAGAUCCGGGGGCAGGAGGUGAUGCAGGCCAUGCAGCUCCCGCCUGAGACCGAGUUUCCCACAAAGACCCCACAGCUGGCAUCGGGGCACGACCUCCCCACCCCAGAGACCCAGCUGGCAUCAAGGCUUCAGGGGCCUUUGCUGCCUGGAAGCCGAGGGGCCGCGGGAGGUUUUCAGCCUCCUGCAAGAGCUCGGCCAGCGCUGGCUGGAGCCGCAGCGCCGCAGCAAGGAGCAGAUGCUGGAGCUGGUGGUGCUGGAGCAGUUCCUGGCCAUCCUGCCCCGGGAGAUGCGGAGCUGGGAGUCAGGGCACGGUGUGGAGACCUGCACCGAGGCCGUGGCCCUGGCUGAGGAGGAAGAUUGAAAAACCCCAGGUCUCGGUGGCGGGGAGUGCUGCCAGGACAAAUGCCGGAGCCCCAGGCAGUUCCACCACCAGCAAAACCAUCCCAGAGUCCAAGGUGCAGAAGCACUUGGAGCGAGAGGGCAAGAAAGUGGGGGAGACAGAACGCAGACACCCAACUUCGGGGCUCUCUCUCGCAAGACAGCAGCAACUACCUGCCGGAGGUGGCAAGGAAAGCUGAGCCCGGCUGCAAGUGCGGGGGCUCGGCGCCUUGCUGCUCCAUGGGAGACCUGGGGAAUGUGGGUUCGGGCCUGCACCCAGGAUGCUGCCAAAAGACUUUGGAAGUAUCUGAAGCCCCCGGUGAGGAGUGGAAGAGGUUUACCGGGUGUAGGGCCACUUAUGAGUCUGGACUGACUCAUGGAUUUGGACUUGAUUUGGCUGGGAACAGGAAACAUUUCUUCAGAAAGAAAUCAAAGAAGCUUGAGCCACUUGAUCAGGAGAGGGCAGUUGCAAUCCCCACCCAGGCAGGCUCUCCAGCACCUGACAAUGGGCCAUUUGAUGAAUGGGCCAUUUGCGGGUGUGGAGACUCCCUGCUCCCCAUAGGGAGGCAUGAGGCAGAGUGAGUCUGGGUGUGGGCUAUUGGCAGGACAGGCCAGCAAAGCUUCACAGCCCCCUCGGAGCCCACAAGAAGGAUAAAACCCUUCCCUGUGCAAUGGUAGAUUGUGUGGCUGGGAUUUGACUCUCCAAACCCCUUUUCCCCUUGUGUUCAUCUGGGGGUUUUCUAAGGAGCCCAUCGCACACCUGCCUACCCUAUGCCACCGGCAGGGAUCCAGGUUUUCCGUUUCCUACGGAAAAACGGAGAAAACCACCCAUUUUAGCAGGGAAAUCCGCGGGGUCUCCGCUCCUGCGAAGCGCUCUUGCCGGCGGGCGCCGACUGCACACAGGGCCGAGACCCCAGCCCUGCCCGGGGGGGAGGGGGGAGGCGGGGCCUGAGCCUCCGAGGCGGCCACGGCCGGGCUGGGGCUGCGGCUCCCACUCGCCCUUCGCCCGCGGAGCGUGGAGACACAGCAGAGCAGCACUGAGGAGGAGCCCCAGCACCUGGAGAGCCCUGCCCUCUCCGGCACACCCAGGAGGGACUGUUGGAAAAGACACUCCCAGGGACACCAGGGGGAAAGCAGAAGGCAGAAGCAGAGGAGACCUCUACCUGCUCUUGUGUUGGGCAGGAUCCUCCUGCUUUGCUGCAUAGGACUCCCGGUGCCCAGACUUCAUCUGCAAGAGAGGUAAAGUCCCUUUCUGGGAGAGAAGUGAAAGAGAGACCCUGGGCAGUGGGAAUGCAGAGAGCCAGGAGGAUGGGACUGGGAGGGCUGGGUCAGAGCCCAAAGGGCCAAGGCUCCCCGAUGCCUGGGCUGGCUUCAAGGGAAGCUCAAACAGAGCAUGUUAAGGUUUGGGAUCCAAAUAGAAAGCCCAUCUGGGUAGGUCAGCACAGCCAGGCCUGGGAAGCACACAGGGUGUGCGCGGUGGGACUCCAGAGGGUUGGUGCAGCCCAGCCAGCGCCAGGGCAGCCUCAGGAGCAGGCUGUUUGCUGAGAGUUUGCUGCCUGACUGCUGGAGGAAAAGCCUGUGUGAGAGCAACCCACACUUGAAGUACGUCCCAGUCCCAAUCUCUUGCUGUCAGGGUCUGACUGGAAAAAGAUGCAUCCCCAGAACGGAUGUUUUCUGGAUGAUCCCCCUCCGGUCUGCAGGACUGACAGAAGCCAAAGGCAGAAGUCAGGCCAGGGGAUAGACAGGGAGCUGUGGUUGGGGCAUUUCUGGAUCCAUCCUGGUCCCCGCAUCCUGUGCAGGGCAAGAGGAGAAGCAAGAACAACCCUAAGGCUGCUCUGAGUAGGGGACUGUCGAGGCAUCAGGGCUGGGCAGACCUCGGGGCUGGGGCAGGGUCUCAGUCCCUGCCUCCCAUCACACGGUGCAGUCUGUGCUUUCUGCUUUCCCACAGGCGGCCCUGGAGCCUGGAUGCUGUCGGGAGGCACCGUGAGUGAGUGCAGGGAGAGCAAGAGCCCAGGCCCCCGGCUGGAGUGAGGCCUUUCCUGGGGAGACGGUGGAUGCUGUGCUGGAGCCCGUGGCAGCCGUGGGCCUUCCCUGCGCAGCCUGAAGUGAAGCUGAAGGAGCAGGACCCAGGAGAUCUCCAGGCAGGAGCUGAGGGGGAGAGCAAAUCCCUUUUGUGGUCCAGACUGGGACCAGGGUGAGGAGGGUUUCCCCAAGGAGGUCGGCCCCACGGCCAAUAAAGCUGCAGUUGCAGGAGGAGCCGGUCCAACACCAGGAGAUCCAGGGGCAGGAGGUGAUGCAGGCCAUGCGGCCCCCGCCUGAGACCAAGAUUCCCUUAGAGACCCCACAGCUGGGGUACGACCUCCCCACCCCAGAGACCUGGCGCCAGCGUUUCCGGGGCUUCUGCUACAUGGAAACCAUGGGGCCGCAGGAGGUGUGCAGCCGCCUGUGGGAGUUUGCCCUGCGCUGGCUGGAGCCCCAGCGCCGCAGCAAGGAGCAGAUGCUGGAGCUGGUGGUGCUGGAGCAGUUCCUGGCCAUCCUGCCCCGGGAGAUGCAGAGCUGGCAGUGGGGGCAUGGUGUGGAAACCUGCGCUGAGGCCGUGACCCUGGCCGAGGGGUUUAAGCUGGGGCAGGAGGAGGAGGAGAAGCUGCAGGUCAUAGUGAGUGUAAAAGCCGAGGAGGUGUCCUCAGACAAUAUGCAUCCCGCUGCGGCAUCACAGGAACCUGGUGAUUCCUGGCCAGUGCAGCCAAAGGCCGAAUGUGUGGACAGGCCUUUGGAGGACUCAGGAGAGAGGGAAACACCGGGGCCCCUGGACAAGCCACUUCAGGUCUCCAAAGAGGAUCCUCAGUCUCACCAGGACUCAGGAGGUGCCUGGCUGCUGAGCAGAGGUGAGGAGAAACCUCCUGUGGAAGAGCCUGCAGACCUGGAGCCAGCGCAGACUUCCCCAGGGAGUUUGGGCGAGAUGGACUCCCUGAGACCUGAGAAGGAGCCACGGCAUAAGAGUCAGGGAAAGCCCCGAAAGCAGAAGGAGAAUGUAGUGGUGAACAAGCAACGUCGUAUCCACCCAGGGAGGAAGACACACCGCUGCAAGAAGUGCAGGAAGAACUUCAGCUGCAUGCAAGACCUGUCCCAGCACCAGUGUGUGCAGAGUGGGGAGCAGCCAUACCUUUGCACCAGGUGUGGGAAGAGCUUCAAGCAGCCCUCCAUGCUGGCCAGGCACUUGUUCAUGCACACACGGGAGAAGCCACAUCAAUGCUCAGAGUGUGGGAAGCGCUUCAACCUGUCCUCCAUCCUGGCCAAACACCAGCUUAUCCACAAGAGGGAGAAGCCACAUCGGUGCUCAGAGUGCGGGGACACUUUCACUCACCCCUCCAGCCUGACUCAGCACAAGCGUAUUCACACAGGGGAGAAGCCACAUCGGUGCCUGGAGUGUGGGAAGAGCUUCGCCCGUUCCUCUAGCUUAGCCCGGCACGGGCUCACCCACACAGGGGAGAAGCCACAUCAGUGCUUGGAGUGUGGGAAGAGCUUCACCCUGUCCUUCAGCCUGACCACACACCAGCUCAUACACACAGGGGAGAAGCCACAUCAGUGCUCAGAGUGUGGAAAGAGGUUCACCCAGUUCUUCAGCCUGGCCCGGCACCAGUUUAUACACGCAAGGAAGGAGCCACAUCAGUGAUCAGAGGGUGAGAAGAGCUUUAUGAAAUUCUCCCACUCAGCUCAUCCACACAGAAGAGAGGCCACAUCUAUGCUCCGGAUGUGUGAGGAGAUGAUCUUUGCAUCAGCCUCGGAGCCUGUGCCAUCCGCAUCCUUCUCUAAAAGCCAGUGCCUUCACAAUAGGUGCCCUCCCCAAGACAACUGGCUCCAAGUGAAACCCAGGGACUCUCCUUGGCCAACCCCAGUUUUGCCCUCCCUCCUGGUCCCAGGAUUCUGGUAUGUGAGGCUCUUGAUUUGCAGGAAGGAGGGCAUUUAUUGCUGGGGAAUCAUUCCCUGACCUCACCUUUCCUCCCCAUCACAUCACCCCUCUCCCAAGUCUGCACAUGCCCUUCGGGGUCUGCAAGAAGCUGCUGCUGCCAGCCCAUGAGCCCAGUUUGGCAAGUUUUGCUUCUCAGCCCCUCAUCAUAACCACCAGGUGCCAGCUUUCCCGGCCCUCCUUCUCUGCAUCCCAUUCUCCAUAACAGAUUCCUUGCUAAUAAAGCCUCAUAACUUAACAUGA